AUUUGGAUGACGAUUUUGAAGGGCAAGCAAGAUUUCAACUUGAAUUUAAUAUUAAUUCGGAAUCGAUUGAUGAAGUUCUAAUUAAUGCAGAUCAAGAUAGAAACUUGUGUAUCGCCAACCUUGUUAUUAACGAAAUUAGUAACGGUGACGUUGAUGAUAUAUCAAAGCAACGUAGUACUGAAGCAUUCAUCGAACGCUAUAAUUGUAAAGGUGUGGUUGUAAUUAAAGUUAAUUCCAAGAAUAAUAUUAUAUUCGUUAAGAUGUCUCAUGAUCUUCUGCAUCCACGGCCUGAAAAAUUCAAUGUAACAACGGAAAUAAAAGAUUAUAUUAACACUUGCAUUCGACAAAAUGUUCCUGAUAUCUAUCAAUUAAUUAAAGAUCAAAAUAUAAAAGGAUAUGAGUCUUUAACGAUUAAGCAGGUGCAUUACUGGUGGUCAAAAAUGGUACAGGCAGAAUAUCGAUCUUCUGAUGAUGAGCUCGCUUCU